AUGUCAUCAGCGUCCGCUUCGAAUACCACCAUCUUCGUGUCGUCCCGCAAGAGCCCGUUGGCUAUGGCGCAGACCAAUGCUGUCAUCUCCAUGCUCGAGUGUCGGUUCCCAGAUCUCCACUUUGUUGUGGGACAGGAGGACACGAUGGGCGACCAAGUCUUGGACCGCCAUCUAAGCGACUUGGGUACAUCCACUGCCUCUGGUCUCUUUACCAAGAGUCUCGAGGAAGCGCUGCUCGCCAAGACCGCCCACUUUGCUGUCCACUCGCUGAAGGACAUGCCGACAACGCUACCGGCUGGUCUCGUGCUGGCUGCCAUCACGAAACGAGAGAGUCCUGAAGACGCAGCGAUCCUUCAUCCUAAGCACAAGGCCAAGGGCCUCACAACGCUCAAGCAGCUACCAGAGAAGAGCGUGAUGGGCACUAGUUCGCUGAGACGCGAAGCGCUGAUAAGGAGUCAGUUUCCCAGCUUUGAGGUCAAGACGUUGCGCGGCAACAUCCAGACGAGGUUGGCCAAAUUAGACGAAGGUGACGAGUACGACGCUAUUAUUGUGGCGGCCUGUGGGUUCCGGCGUGGGGGACUCGGCGACCGCAUUGACGAGAUUCUGCCAAUGGAAUCGUUUGGAUACGGCGUUGGCCAAGGAAGCAUUGGCGUGGAAUGCCGUGCGGACGAUGAGCAGACAAUUGCAAUGCUGAAGACGAUAACGGAUGAGAAAUCCGCGCACUUGUGCAAGGCCGAGCGUAGUUUGCUGUACCACCUCGAAGGUGGAUGUCAGAUUGCUAUGGGAGUGAGUACGUCGCUGAAUCAAGACACAUUGACGUUGAAUGCAACAGUGUUGUCUCGCGACGGCAAGAGUAGUAUCUACGAAAGCAUCUCUGGACCUUGUUCGGAAGCUGAUGAGCUUGGCAAGAGCCUGGCCGGGCGCUUCUGGGGCAAUGAGCUGGCCCGGAAGGUGCUAGGAAAGACCCAGGAGAAACGUGCACUCACGUAUGGCGACGCCGAAGCUCCUGGUGAGGCUGCUGCUAUGUCUGCUGCUGCGGCUGCAGAAUCGAUGUCAAAGAAGAUGGAGAUUUCCGAGUAG